AUAGUAAUAUUAAAAAGAAGAAUGGAAUAAAAUGAUUUAGUUCUUAUUAUUGGUGAUAUUUAUUAUGCUAUUUACAAACCGUAAACUUCGUAGUGACAUUUAUUCAUGUAAUGAAAUCAUUCAUGUUACGUGUCACGCAAUGAAUGAAUGUGUGCGAAAUAAUGUGACUAGAGUUUACUUCAAAAUUAUUUAACUUUAAACAUGAUAGAAAGUAGUGCUCUUAGUGAAAGUGAUGAAGGAGAAAUAAAGUCAGAUUUUGAAGAUGACUUUCAGGAGGAGUUAUCCGAGUUUCCUCAUGUUUUAAAAUUGAUUAAAAGAAUGCGUGAUCAUAUUAAGAAACAGAAUAAAAAAAUUAUUAAAUUAAGAAAUAAACUAAAUGAACAGAAGAAUCAAAAGUUGCUAGAGAAAAAGAUAUUAAUUGACUAUGGAACUCAAACAAAUCCUUUGGAAUAUGAGAAAGAAAAUUGCAAUAUUAAUGAUGAUAAAACAUCAGUCAAUAUUGCAGAUCAAAUUAAAGAAGCAGCUGAAUCAGCUUUGUUGCAAACUGGUUUUGUUUAUGAGGAAACUUCAGGUUUAUAUUAUGAUUAUAAUAGUGGAUAUUACUAUGACGCAAAACAAGGUUUAUAUUAUGAUGGCAAUACAGGAACGUACUAUUAUUAUGACGAAGCCAGCAGAACUUAUCAAUUUCAUAGUCAAGCACAGGUGUCUGUGAAUGAUCCAGCUGUGCAAGUUCAAAACAAGAAGGAGCAGAAGAUUAGAAAGGCGAAUAAGGAUGAGGGGAAAAAACGCAAACUUGCAAAAAGGGAAGAACAUUUGGAUGAUAAAGAACUUGAGGAGGGUGAAUGUUCAAGCAAUGAUAACGACAGCAAUUCUAAUGACAUUACACCAGAAUUAUGUACUAGUAGUGACAGUGACCAUGAAGAAGAUCAAGAUCUAGCAAAAAUAUAUCCCCCAUGUAUGAGAAUCAUAGUUAGAGAAACAAAUCUGUCUAAAUUAAAAAUUGGUAGCCUCUUUCUUGUCGCAUAUACCGGUGGUUCAAUUGGUCGAGAAGGCGAUCACUCGGUAGUUAUACCAGACAUAAAUGUUAGUAAACAUCAUGCUCGAUUAUUAUACAAUGAAGAAAAAAAAAUGUAUCAAAUCAUAGAUUUAGGAUCAAGAAAUGGUACAUUUUUAAAUGGUAAAAGAUUGUCUGUAGCUAAACAAGAAUCAGAGUUUCAUGAAGUUUCACAUGGUUCAAUCAUACAAGUUGGAAAUACCAAAUUAUUAUGUCACAUUCAUAAUGGCAACGAAACUUGUGGCCAUUGCGAGCCAGGACUCAUUCAACAGUGCAAUAGCAUGGAAGAGAAUAAAACUACAAAAAAGACACUUUAUAAGCAAGAAUUGAGACGAUUAAAAUAUAAGUUUGGCGUGGAAAAGGAUAAUGUUGCAACUGCAAGUCAGUUGGCAUCAGGUUACCAAGACAGAGCACAAAGUAGAAGGCAAUGCAUUGGUUCCUUGGAUCAUCAUGCUAAAACACAACAAAGUUCAAUGGAUACGUCUAUAACAAAGGACAACAGAGGUUUCAAACUACUAUCGAAGAUGGGCUGGACAGAGGGUCAGUCACUGGGAAAAGAGGGAGAUGGCCGAACUGAACCGGUACUGAUGACGAAUAAUCCCAGCAAAACCGGUCUCGGCGCAACGAGCGAAUUUCCUACAAUCGAACUAGAUUCGACGACGGAAAAGAAGCAGGCGAUGUGGCGAAAGACUCAGCAACGUUAUAAAGAAAUCACCGAUUAGUCGUGAUAAUUGCGUCGUACACGCUCGUCUGGUGAAACGCUCUCGCUGUGUUUCUCGUCACGGCGAUUGGGGACAAUUGCAUUUUUCUUGUUACCACGAAUUUCAACUUUGCCGCUACACAUACAUUACUAAUCACUGAUCCAAGCAAUAAAUAUUUAUAUUGACAAGCAAUCGUUGAGCUUAGUACAAAUUAACGUUACCACGCCCGAAAUGAAGCAUACCCUCGGAAGUACGCGCAGACCCGACGCAUAUUUUCGUCGCCCGGUUUGUACGCUGAUCAGAUUUUUUUCCAAUAAACGACUUGAACGCGGGUGGAAAUUGAUUGUAUCCAAUUUUAUACUCGGUUAACCACAGUCCCAAUAAAUCCACCGAUAAAAAUCGAUGCUAAUUCAAUACUCCAACGAAGACUCAUUAACGCGGAUACUGAAACGAGAAAUUCUAAGCGUGGUGUAAAAUCCCGUCGUUCAAAUAAUUGUAAGCUAUCGAUAAAUUAUCCCGCUUGUUCAUUUAACGGAAUUACUAAACCGUAGCAGAGAUACAGGUUAGGAAACAUGAGCCGCGGAUUUUUAUGUAUCCGUGGCAGUUAAGCGAUCCCGAGACCGCGAUCAAGUGUAAAUUCCGAUGGAGUUUAGCUCUUAUCUCAUUUUCCCCAUUUGGAAGAGACUAUCGGCGAAGGUGUUUCUAGGAUUCUAUUUCCGUUUCAUAAAUUCCGGGUGACCACGAGGAGCCAAAUCAAUCCGGAUAUUACGCGGGCCGAUUAGAGCGUGGCCGUUGACGGGGAUCGUUCCGGUCGAAAGCGGCCUGGAAAUCGUGACAAAUGUCGCGAGCAGGCCGCGGUGGCGCCGUAAAAAUAAUGAAGAUCGAGCCACGCUGGAAGUAGUUUAUUAUGAAAGACGCGCGAUGUGCCGAAGGAGUUAAGGGCUCGGCCUAAACUCGCGGCUCGCUCCGCGCACUUGCCCUGGGGUCUUUGCACCGUGAAGUUUGCUUUAUAAAUAUCGCCGGUGCACUGGAGUGUCUAGAGAAACGAACCGUGUCUUGGAUGAAACGGACGGUCUAGCUC